GAUGUCUGAAACGAAAUGUCGGCAGAUUUCGUACCUGGCAUAGACAAAGACAUACUUGGAGUGCCCCUCGUCGAAUCGCUGAAAAGAAAAAUCCUUUGAUAGAUGAGACUCUUGAAGCACUUCGGCAUUCAAGAGGCUCAAGAGUCGCCGAUGCUAAAGUGAGUCCGAUCUGAAAUUCGGCGAAAUACUGAAGAGUGAAAAUGGCUGAGGGGAGGAGAAGGAUGACAUGGUGGUCGGAGUUUCAGCAUGCAGCAGUCAGAUUUAAGAACAUUCCCAUGAGGCAUGGUAAUACCGGAAACGAUUUGAAGGGGAACAGUGAGGAUGGCGGAAGCUCAUUGGAAAGAAAACUGGGGUUGUGGGAUCUCAUCCUGUUAGGCAUUGGCGCAUCUAUUGGUGCUGGGAUUUUCGUCGUCACCGGUACUGUGGCGCAGGAUGCUGGACCUGGUGUUGUGCUGAGUUUUCUGCUGGCAGGAGGAGCUUCCAUAUUGAAUGCUCUCUGCUAUGCGGAACUUUCUAGUAGAUUCCCUGCCCAUGUUGGAGGAGCUUAUCUAUAUGCAUAUUUUACUUUCAAUGAGCUGACUGCAUUUAUUGUCUUUGUAAAUGUAAUGUUUGACUAUCACAUCGGAGCUGCAAGUGUAAUCCGGAGUCUUGCUAGUUACCUUGCGACUCUCCUGAAGCUCAUUCCAGCUUUCAGCAUCCUUCCUGAAGUUUUCGGACCCGGAGGCAAAGAAUUUUAUGGAGGCUGGGUAUCUAUUAACCUGAUGGCCCCCAUCUUGCUCACCAUUAUCACAUUUGUUCUAUGUCAAGGCGUCCGCGAGUCAGCGAUAGUCAAUGGUGUCAUGACUGUCACCAAAAUUGUUAUAGUUCUCCUGGUAGUACUUGCGGGUUCUUUUGAAGUUGAUGUGUCAAACUGGACGCCUUUUGCACCAUUCGGUUUGCCGGCCAUUGUGCAAGGAGCGACCGUCGUAUUUUUUGCCUACGUGGGAUUUGAUGCUGUUGCGAAUUCUGCAGAAGAGACCAAGCAUCCGCAGAAAGACUUGCCGCGAGCAAUAAUCAUCAGUGUGUUGAGUUGUGCACUUCUGUAUGUUGCGGUCUGUCUCGUUGUCACAGGCAUGGUUCCUUAUUAUGAACUUGAUGCUGCUGCUCCUUUAACAUCAGCUUUUAUCAGUAAAGGUCUCAACUUUAUGAGUAGCCUGAUCGGGGUUGGUGCAGUAGCCGGUCUGACGACUACCGUGCUUAUUGGUCUCUAUGUACAGUCGAGGCUGUAUCUAGGGGUUGGACGAGAUGGAUUACUUCCUUCCCUUUUCGCAAAAGUCAAUUCAAAACACCACACACCAGUUAUUGCACAAAUCUGGGUGGGGAUAGUAGCAGGCGUCUUGGCCACAUUUAUCAACGUCAGCCACCUGUCACACAUUCUCUCUGUUGGAAUUCUGAUCGGAUACUCUGUCGUAUGUGCAUGUGUUGUGGUUUUGAGAGUACUCCCUGAGGAGCAGUGGCGAUCCGAUGAAAGACAAGGCGGUGCAAAGGAUGUUAGAAGAACUCAGGGUGCUGUAGGAUGUACUCUCGUCACUGCUGCUUUGGGUUUUGCAAUUGGUUUGUGUUAUCGAUACGGUGCACAUCCAGCUUUUGCCAUCAGUCUCCUACUGUUGGAGCUUUUAUGCGCAGUUCCCAUGUAUACGCAUCAGGAAUAUUUCGAACCCUCUGGAUUCGCUUGUCCAGCCGUGCCGACUCUACCAUUAUUCAGCAUUCUGGUCAACAUGUUUUUAUUUGCUCAGCUACACUGGGAGGCUUGGGUACGGUUCGCAGUUGUAACUUUGUUGGCUUUGAUAUUAUAUGGCGUUUAUGGACAGUUCCAUUCAACAAUUGAAACGGUACAGGACAAAGGAUCAUCUCAGUAUCUUAAAGCCCCUGAUGGCGAUGGUGAAAGUGCCUACAUUACUUAAUUAAUCUAUUUUAUUCUGUGACCGGCCAGGGCACUAAAUUGACCAAGUCACUGCUCAUUGCCCGACCUUGUGUAGACAACAUAUAGACCGAAGUCAAUAUGCCUGUAAAUAUGUUUCUUAGGAAAAAUAUACCGCCUGUCUUUAAAAGUUUGGGUGUUUUGAAAGUAUGUGUCAACGUUUGUCAUUGCCUAAUGCCAGAUACAAAUAUGAAAUACGCAACACUUCCAUUUUC